AUGGUUGCGUUUCCCAUCAAUGGUUCAGUAAUGGUCAACGCUGUUAUCUGUCAACUCGCGGAUGAUGGUCACAAGUUUAAUGACUUUCUUGGAGUUUACUGGCAUUAUCUGCUUGUUUCACAGCCGUUGGUUUCAAGAACCACAUCCUGGAUCGAAGAUCAAUGCACUAGUCAUCAGGGCUCAGUUCCACACAUAAUCGACAACAGAAUGUUUCACCAUUUGACGAUUUGGGGCAAAUCAAGGAACAUAACUGACUUUCUCGUUCGAGCAAAUGACGACCUACGAUGGCUGAGUACUGACACAGAUAGAGAUGCGGCUAGGACAGGACCUUCAUCGUAUAAAUUAUUCAAUGUUACUUCUGGACUCCUUCCUGUACCCGGUGAUUUCAAAUUUGAAGAUUACCAAGAAAAUGAAAACGCAUUAGUCUGCGAGUUCUCAAGCCACCGCGUCUUCGCUAUCAAACCUGUCAAUCAGACGGAAAUUCCCGGUGUUCAAUGCGAAUCGACAUCAGCGAGCUCUAUCGAAGGAUCCUCGACGGAAGAUUACUUCUCUCCGAAUUUUAACAGAAACAAAGUCCUUAUUCAUGGCAUGGAUUUUGGAAGUUGUGACGACCCGUUUUAUUACAACACUAGCAUGAAAUUUGAUUCGCUUUCUUGGGAAGGCAACAGAUAUGGAAGCUCUGUCGAAGCUUGGCUUUUCCUUCCACGAACCCAAACGUCCGAAAUGGCGAACUUUGGUGCUAUCCCAGGCAUCGCGCCAUUUACGCCUUGUGUCUCCAAAUUUAAAGCUUCGGCAAUGCCCAGAGCUUGUUUUAAUCCUCUUGACAAUGUCACUCUUAUGCUCGGGGUUAACAUGAAUUUGGAGGAACGCAACUACAAGGCCAGAUGGCCAAGAGUUCGACUUCGUCUUCGGAUAGACUUUUAUGAAGAGGCGGAUUCAUGGCUUCAAAUUUACGAAAAUGACCCAUUUCGGUCGGAGUUUCAUGAAGUUUCAGAUCUCAGCACGCAAGAACUCACGAUUGACUCCCACGACCGUGACAUAAUUGUACUUCCUCUUCGCGAUUCAUCAUUAUUUCUUGCCAACGCAAGUCAUGGACCCGAUUAUCAUGUUCUUCUCCAUUUCGAAGAUUUGCCGGAUUUCAGUGUCGCAAUAAGGGAUCAGGCAUUCAUCAAGACACUCGACAAUGGACUCUACAGUACUUUCAUGAGUUCGUUUUCCACGUAUACUUUCGGAAAUGGAGGUCAACCAUUCUUGUUCACGGUGAAAAAUGCGUCGAGUCUUCAAACGAAAAAGGAAAUUAAUUUCGAUCUUGAACAGCCUGAGAUCGGCUUUGCGAAAGAAAACUUUAUUUAUGGCUGGCGGAAGGACGGAAAUACCGAUUUAGUAUUCGAUUCACUAAAAUAUGACGACAGCCGAUACGAACUUAUAAACAGCACAGAGACAACCAGCCACAAAUGCUUCCACAACUGCAUCAAGGCACCAGCAACAGGCGAACAGGUGUGCUUCCCUUUGACCCUGACAAUGAUCGACAAACUUGAGUUCAACAAGUCGCCAGAUAAAUACGAAAUGCAAAUAUCUGUUUGUGACAUAAACGAAUGCCUAGCAAACCCUUGUGGCGAUGCAGGUCAAUGUGAAAAUACAGACGGUGGCUAUGAGUGUGUUUGUGAUGAUGGUUAUUCUCAAAGAAAUUCUGAAGCAGUCUGUGAAGAUAUCAACGAAUGCGAUUCCCAAGAAUGGAGAGGAAACUCUUUUUUUGUACAAGCUAAAAGACGCUCUGCCACACUGGAUUCCGAUGGACCUUGCAGUGAGCAUGCGUAUUGCAUCAAUCUUGAAGGUAGCUACGAAUGUGAAUGCAAAGCUGGAUAUGAAGGUAUCAGCUGCAGAGGAAUCGAAUGUGAUGCCGGCCACAAUUGUACUGACAUAAAUGAAUGCGAGACUUUCUGCUUUGGGGAAAAUUCUGAUUGCGUUAAUACUCCUGGAAGUUUUACGUGUUCCUGCUCUACUGGCUUUGCUUUCCAAGAAGGAGAAUGCACAGACAUUGACGAGUGUAGAGUUUCUACUUUCACUUGUUCUCAGAACUCAAUUUGUAGUAACAAUCUUGGAAGCUAUUCGUGUGACUGUCAAAAAGGAUUCACAAAAGCAGCCAAUGGAGAGUGCGCGGACAUUGAUGAGUGCGAUUAUGAUGUCUGCGAGUACGACUGCAGGAACACAGUCGGCAGUUACGAGUGCGUGUGUCCAGUAGGCACAGAAGUGGCAGGCAGCGGCAAAUGUACCAAAGUGAAGAGCGAAGUAGAGAUGAAGGAUUCCGCCAAAAUGACGAAGCAAUUGAUGGCGCAGAUGGUAGACGAGUCUAUGAAGAAUGUCGUCAGCUCAAUUGACUAUACGAUGAACAACAUGGCUAACUUUUCUGAAAAAGUUUCGCAAGCACUGUCGGAAACAGCAAUUUCGCUGGAAAAGACGAUCAAAUCGAUGGUGAAUCCAAAGAUGCCGGAAGAAGACCCGUUUUUGGAGCUUAUUAUGGCUCACGCAUUCGACAUGACAAUGCGGAAGUCUUCAACAAUGACCGAGGCGAUGAGCAAAAUGGCAGAAUUUUUCGAGUUUGGAAAUAUUUUUGGAGAGUCUAAUGAUUUCUUUGCCCUAGCAGAGGGACAAGUCGGCAAUUUAACAUUGCCGAAUUUAGAAAUCCUCCAGUCAGCAAAAACAAGAACUCUCAGCGGAAGCCUUAGAGCCUCUCAAAUGAAUGUCAACCCGUUUAUCCAUUCUUUGGGCGAUCUUUCCCUUGAUCCGAACGUUUUCUUUAUCGAAAGUUCUCCAUCAGAAGUGCUUUUUCACGUUAAAAAGAAAAAGAAAGUCCCACCAGCAAGUCUCAGUUGUCUCUCGCGCUCUGCAGUUAUACUCAAAACAUUCUAUGUCCGAAAUUUGAUUUCGAUCUUUCUGGUGCUAGUAAUUUCGUGGCUGGCGAUUCACUGCGCCGUGGGAUAUCAAAACUUGUCUGUCUUCGACCGCGAUCUACUUGCAACAUCGGUCUUUGUCUCUGUUGUCGCUGAUGUUAUAUUUAUUCCCUUAUUGAAGAGUUACGCUUUGGCCGUUGCAAAGCGAGCGGUGAAUUAUCCGAUCAUUGUUAUUUUUCCGAAACUAACGGCAGAGUAUCACACGAACCCAUGCUCAUCAACCAUCUUCAAAUCGACAACUACAGCGCUAGAAAUGAAGAAAACAGUGAAACGAUCAAAACAGCGUCGGGAUAUUCUGAAAACUCUUUUCAAGUUUCUCAAGCUGGGCCUAAUCUCGGGCAGUCUUUUGGGCAUCACGAACUCGAUUGUCCCUACUGGGCAAUCAAAAUUUUUUAUUGAUUCGAAUAUUCGACAAGCUCUUGAAGCUGGACUUGAAGAUGUUUUGAGUAUGAAAGACAUUUGGACGUAUUUGUCCAAAGAAACAAUAUCUUUCAUUCACCCGAAUCAUCUGUCGCCGAAUGGAGAAAAGCUUUCUGAAGAUAAUCGCAAGUUUGCCGCCGACCUGGUGAAUUUUCGACUGGGCCCGGCUAUUCUAAAGCAGCACAGAAAUACUUGUGGAAUUUAUGAAAUCGGAUGGAAGGAAAAGGAAUCCAAUGAUACGGGUGUGUUGCAGAAAAUGAAAGAGUCGCCACUUCACUCACCCUGGGUCUCUCAUACAGAAAGUGUGAUUCCUUCUGAUUUGACGCUUCAGUCACCAAUUGAAAUCGAAGGUUGUGAGUUCUCAACGAUUCUAGGGACGUCAGUGACAAGUGGCAAAUUUAUUCUUGGCGAACUCCGUAAGAACAAGUGGAUAGACUUGAAAAGCAGUGUAGUCAUAUUUGAACAGUCGUUUCUCCAAGCGCAUUCAAAUGCUUUCAUUCAACUGCGCAUCAUUUUUGAACUAGUCGACGGCGGCGGAGUAGUCAGCUCCCUCACCAUCCAACAGUUGAGGAAUGUUGACCUCAGCGACAACACAAUCGCAGUCAGCCUUACGAUCUUCGGUUUCUUUCUGGCCGCGCAAAUCAUCUACUGCCUCAAACUGUUCACGCUGAAGAAACUGAGUUUCUACUCCUUCUUUCACUUUGGAAUAAUGUGCAUGGACCUCUCUAUCGUCGUAAUUUUCAUUUACCGAACUGAGUUGCUCCGCCAAACAAUGGCUACCUUCACCAUGAAUCCAAAAGGCACGCCCAACUUCGGAAAGCUGUUUCUAGUUCAGUAUCACUUCUUCUCCCUUGUUUCUGUAUCUCUCUUUCUGCAUAUACUCUACUUGAUACAUAUAUUCUCGACGCUGAAUAUUGUCCGAUCGUACAAGUACGUGAUCAAGAGCUUGAGAAAAUCACUGUCUCCGUUUCUAGGACUUUUGCUGCCAGUACAGCUCGGCCUUGCAUCGAUCGUUUAUCUUAUUUUCCAAAGCUAUUCGGUAAUGUACAAUGGCUUCUCUCAUACUUUUCUUUUAAUCAUUUGGCAGGGCUAUCUACGUCCUUCUGAUAUGCGAGAAGAGAUAGAAACGCUGCCAGGAGAUUUGCAGAUGUUGGCGAAGCUUAUCUACCUGUUUCUCAACUUUUCGAUGCUCUUCCUUGUCAUCAACAUCAUCAUCACUAUCAUCUGCGACGAGAACACCCGCGUCCGAAAAAUCGAGCACCAAUUCGACUGGCUCCCUUUCACCAGCUACUGGACGAAAAAACGAGCCAAAAGUGUAUUCAAACGAGCCAAAAAACUCUUUACUUUACAAAAAUAA